AGUAGCCGAGGAAGAGAUGAAUACCUUGAACUGGAACAUCUGCCUCCGCUGCUUGAAGAUGAGGAGAAUGUGUCACUGGCAGACAUACUUUCUUUGAGGGACAAUUGCCUGUCUGAAGAGGAGGUGUGGGCAGUGUGCGCAGAAUGCAUUCUGGCCCUGCAGAGCAUCAGACCCUCCCACCUCUUCCACACGCUGUGUAUCACACCCGACACUCUGGCCUUCAACGCACAUGGGAAUGUUUGCUUCAUGGAGCAGCUCAGUGAUGAUCCAGAAGGCUCCUUUGUGCCACCUGAAUUUGACAACACAGGCACCACAUUUGAGGAGAAUGUGUCACUGGCAGACAUACUUUCUUUGAGGGACAAUUGCCUGUCUGAAGAGGAGGUGUGGGCAGUGUGCGCAGAAUGCAUUCUGGCCCUGCAGAGCAUCAGACCCUCCCACCUCUUCCACACGCUGUGUAUCACACCCGACACUCUGGCCUUCAACGCACAUGGGAAUGUUUGCUUCAUGGAGCAGCUCAGUGAUGAUCCAGAAGGCUCCUUUGUGCCACCUGAAUUUGACAACACAGGCACCACAUUUGAGGGGCAUGUUUACUCUCUUGGCUGUACACUUUCUGCUGCACUGAGCUUUGUCAUUGAGCCAGAGCUGGAAGCUGAAGUGGGGGAUGAAGUCCAAAGGCUCUUGGAAAAGAUGCAAGAAGAAAAUCCAGAGGACAGGCCACUUCUGCAGGACAUCAUCUUUCUGGCUGAAGCAAGGCUUUCUCAUACCUCUUCUGCAGCUGUGUGCCGGAAGCUGUCUUCUGUCGGACGGCGGGUGCUGUCCAUUGAAUCAGUAGCAACAUUUCAAGAUGGAAAAGAAUGUUCCUGGGAAGCAAGAUGGCAGCAUCAAAAACCCAGAUGUCUGUUCGAAAUACUGAGUUCAGAUGAUCAUACAAAAGAACUGUGUGGAAAUCCUGCAAAUACGAAUGGUCUGUCCAGACACCAGGUGUGCAGGGGCUGGGAUUCAUCUUUGUGGGCUGAGGAUAUGAACAGCAGGGAAGGAGAGAGCCUGAUCUUCAUGGAGAUGGACUACCAACCCCAGAACAGCUCUACAGUAAAGAGGAGACCUCAUCAGAAGUUCAGCAGGAUGAGGGGGGCUCUGAAACGCUCCUGCUCUGUCCCAGACUCCAACAACCCCGCCUGCCUUUCCCCUGCAGCUCAUGGAGACAUCAGCUUACCUGUGUCAGACCUCACAGAGAUCGGAGACAUUGGAGAGGAUGAACACUUGAGCUGUGAAUCUGUUUGGAGCAACAGGCUUACAAGACUCAGUCGGGGCAAGUCCUGUGAGCCUUAUGUGCAUAGCAAUGGUGAUGAUUGUCUAAAUUCAGAUACUGUCGACCAAGUGUCACAAAAGAAUGAAGAGACUUUGCCCAGUGGAGAAACAAGGAUUGAAAUGAGCAAAGAAAGUCAAAUUAAUGAUGGCACCAAAGACUCUGAAACUUGCUGCACUUCCUGUUAUGAAGCAGAAGUGGGACACGAGCCUUCUAUGGACGAAAAAACAUCAAGCAACAUCUUCUAUGUUCCAAAUAACCACAUGACAAAAAGCAUGCUGUGCCUCAAUGAAGAAUCUCAAGAUGAGUGGAUCUCUCUGAGGGGGCUACUUGCUCGCUGUGGACGGAAGCUGACAUUCAAUGAACUAUGGGCACUGUGCUACGCAUGCCUUUCAUCACUGCAAUCCUAUAUUGACUAUCCAGCCUAUCUAUGCCUGGACACACUUUAUGUGGACUAUGAGGGAGACGUUCUGUUCAUAAAACCUAAAACUAUAGGAUCCUGUGAUGUAUUUUAUCUUGCUCCUGAAUAUCAAGAACAUGGAAUUAUGACUGAGAAGGCAUGUGUGUACGCAGUUGCUGCCAUUCUCUGGGCCACGGCGAAAUUCAGUUUAUCACCUAAUGAAAAGCUUGCAGUACCUUGCAAGUUGAAGAGGCUGCUCCUUGAGAUGGCCAAGAGGACACCCAUUGAGAGACCCUCUAUUGUCAUGAUUUGUCAAACUUACUUAACACAUCAAGGGACAGAUGCUGAGACUGUGUGGAACAACCUCAUCUACAGAGUUCACCAGCCAUCAGUAAAUUCCAGUCAUGCACAAAGUAUAGAUGCAGUUGAUACUCAUCAAAGCUCAGUAGAAGACUCAAGAAAAAACACCAGUGGACUGUGGAUGGAUUCACAAAGAAACAGUGAAGACACCAAGGAAAGGAACCUUUCUACUGCACACUGAGGACCUAAAUCUUACACAGAUUGAACCCAGCCUCUAUCCUCAGAGUCUUGUCUGGCCUGUUCCAGUUUCUGCUGUUUCCACUGAAAAGCUGCUGUUAAUCCACCCUUCCAUUCUCCAUGGCCUUUUUGUUGUCCUUUUCCUUCCAUUCUCCACUAAUUUCAAUAGGUAAGGUGUUUUCAACAAUCACCUCUUACAAGAUUUUGAAAUGAGGACUCCUUUCUUUAGUCCCCAUGGAAGUUGGGGUUACUGAUGUAAUCUUGUGGUUUGAAAGAAAUCUUUUGCUGGAUUUACAGCUUUACAGGGAUUUACAACAGUUCCAGAGUCCAGUAUUGAUGUGUGUAUGAACUGUCUGACUACUUCUGUCCAGUGUGAACCAAAAGAAUAGAAUGUUUGCACUUAUUUUAACAGGGACACCUUUCUUUCUGGCAGUUCUCUUUGGUGCACAACAAUUUCAGGUAGAAAAUAGGAUGAACUCCCCUGGAAACCUGCCCCAC